CCGCCACCGCCGCCGGGAUGACGACGCUCCUCCGCCGCAUCCUCUGCACCACGCCCGCUCUCUCCCACCGCAUCCCUUUCUCCACCUCCUCCCGCCGCACCCCGCACCGCUUCCGCCGCAGCCACCGUGCGCCCAGCCGCCCGCCCUCCGCCGAAGCCGUCUCCGCGGCCAUCGCCUCGCUCCCCUCCCGCCUCACCCCGCCCGUCCUCGCAUCCUCCCUCGCCUCAACCUCCGAUGCCCGCCUCCUCUUCCCGCUCCUCACCCACUCCCUCGGCCUGCCCACCUUCCGGCCCGACCCGGGUCCCUUCCUCGUCGCCAUCAAGCGCCUCGGCACCGCCGAGCUCUACCACGAAUUCGACCGCACCUGCGCGCUCUUCUUCUCCCUCCUCCCAUCCCUCCCUUCCCCGGGCCCCCUCCUCCGCGCCGCGCUCUACUUCUACUGCCAGUUCCGCAAGCUCGGCAAGGCGUUCCACGUCUACACCCUCAUGCGCUCCUCCGCCGACCCGGGCGCGCGCCCCGCCGCCGACACCUACCACGCGCUCUUCACCGCGCUGGUCUCGCGCGGGGGCAACGACACCAUGGUCCACUACAUGUACAUGGACACCGUCUCCGCGCUCUUCCGGCAGAUGCUGGAGGAAGGGAUCCCGCCGGACACCCGGUCGCUCAACGUGCUCGUCAGGGGCUACGCGCAGUCGCUGCACCUCAACGACGCGCUGCGCGUGUUCCACCAGAUGGGGCCCAGCUACGGGUGCGAGCCGGACGCCUUCACGUACAGCUACCUGGUGCACGGGCUGAGCGAGCAGGGCCGGACGAAGAACGCCCGGCAGCUGUUCGACGAAAUGCGGGGGAAAGGGAUGGUGCCGACGGAGCCGUCCUGCAACGCGUUCGUCAGCGCGCUCGCGGUGGCCGGGGAGGUCGGUGAAGCGGAGCGGGUGAUGUGGGAGAUGGCCAGGUCGGGGACGGUGGUGGAUCGUAUCACGAGGAGCGCGUUGGUGGAGGAGCUGGGGAGGGCGGGGAAGAGGGAGGAUGCCGACCGAGUGGUGAGGGAGAUGGAGGAGAUGGGCAUUGUGGGAGUAACCGAGCGGCGCGCGCUCCUGUGUUCGGUUCAUGACGAGGACGGCGACGAGAGGUUGGAUGUUGACGAGAGUCCUGCCAGAGGUGGUCAUUGGCGACGGCGAAGUGGUUAGCAACGGAGAUCCACGCGAUGAACCGUGUAUUCCAAUAUAUCCCUUUGAUCCUAAAUUAUUUAAACUAUUGACUCAAAUUUGCCUAAGUAUCAACUAAACAUGGAUGUAUCUAUUUUUAAAAAGCGUCUCGAUACAUGUAAUAUUUCGACAACAAUUUAGAAUCGGCGGGAGUACUAUCGAGUUUUUUUUUUUCGGGGAGGAGUACUACCGAGUUUAGCUGGUGAUGACCUGAUGAUUCGUCAUGUUCUUGUUCAGAAGGAAAAAAAAAGCAAUGUAUUGAGAACCUGAGAUGCAAUUUUUUGCCAGUUGUAUAC